AUGCCUUUACAUCUUCAACAUAUAUUUGAUCAAAUACCAUUACCAUCACUUCGAUACUAUACAAUAAUUAGUACUUCAAUAUUUUUUGGUAAUAUUUUCUAUUUUCAUCAUUUAAUUCAAUCAAAUAAAAACGAUUCAUUAAUUAUUAUUAAUUCAACAAAUGAAAUAAUUACAAAUGAAUCGAUAAAUAAUCAAACAAUUUUCUAUUCAAUUGAAAAACCUUUUUCUUUUGCUUAUAUUCAAACAUUACUAUCGAUUAUCAUAUCACAGUCAUUUUCACUUCUGAUACUUACCAAUGCUAUUUAUUGUUCAAUAGCUUUAGCUGUUAAACAGUUACUAAUAUUAGUUUUUGGUGAAUUACGUUUUACUGAAUUACAACGUAUAAAAGAUAAAUUUUGGAAUUAUGCAUUUUAUAAAUUUUGUUUUCUUUUUGGUGUACUUGGUUUGGAAAAUCUAAAUGAACUUAUUCUUUGGUUAUCAUGGUUUUUUACUUUAGCCAUUGCUAUUCUUUGUUGUCAAUUGGCUAAAGAUCGAUUUGAAUUAAUAUCGGUUUCUGUAUCAACUUCUCGUCAAACAUUUUUCAAAAUUCUAUGUUUACUAAUUUCAUUACUUUAUUUAUGUUCUGGUCUAUUUACAAUUUGUUUUCUUAUAGGUUUAAAAUAUGGUGGUUUAUCAAUAUUUUUUUUUAUGUUAGCUGAAACAAUAUUAUUAACACUUGAUAUAAGUUAUAUUUUAUUUAAAUAUAUAUUUAUUCAACAACAACAACAAACUAAUCAUUUACAAACAUCAAAUGAACAUCGUUCAAAUGUUAUUUAUUAUCUUGAAUUUUUAUUUGAUAUAUUAACAUUAACCAUUGAUAUACUACAUCAUUUACAAAUGUUAUUUUAUCAUCAAACAUUUAUGUCAAUGUCAUCAUUAAUAUUUUUUAUGCAAUUAAAACCAUUAUUUAAUGAAUUAACACAACGUUUAAAACGACAUAAAUUAUAUCGUAUGGCAAUGAUACGUAUGGAAAACAAAUAUCCGUUAUUAACUAAAUAUGAUCUUGAACAAAAAUAUAGUCAAAAAAAUUAUCUAUCAACAUUAGAAGAAGUUUGUUCGAUUUGUUGGGAAAAAUUUGAAAAAGCUCGAUGUUUACCAUGUGGUCAUUUAUUUCAUGAAAAUUGUCUUCGAAGUUGGUUUGAACAUGAUACAACAUGUCCAAUUUGUCGUUUAUCUUUACAUGAAGAUACCCGUCAAACAACACCUACUGAUCCUACUCCAAUUCAAUCAACAUCGACUUUUCGUUUUUGGCCAUCUUUAUCUCUUGCAGGUCUUACAACAAAUGCUCAUAAUUUAACUGUUAAUAAUGAUCAAGGUCAAGGACGUAAUUUAUUUCGGUUUCGUGGAAAUCGUUAUUCAUCAUGGUUACCAAAUUUUUCAAUUCAAAUAAAUCAUAAUUUUCCAUUUCGUUUUGGUCAUGCUCAUCUUACGAGUUUACAAUUAACAAAUAUGACUCAAAGUAUUCAACACAUAUUUCCACAAAUUCCAUUUGAAAUUAUUCUUUCUGAUUUACAACACACACAAUCUAUAGAUACUACGAUUGAAAAUAUUAUUGAACGACGUAUUCAUUUUGAGUCACAACAACAAGAGACAUCAGAAUCAGAAGAAUCAUCUUCUAUAUUAUCAUCAUCAUCAUCAUCUGAAACCGAUGAAUCAAUUGAUAUAGAUUUAUUAUCGGAUUCAUCUCGAAUGACACAACAUAAUGAUGAAAAUUUUACAUGGCCAUUAGAUCCAAAUUUAUCAUUUUCUGAUCGAAAGCAACAAUUAAUUUCGUAUAUGCGCCGGCAAUAUCUUGAACGUGAACGUCAUCUUCAUAAAUCAUCUCACAUGUCAAACAAUUAA